AUAAGAGUAUCUGAUGGUUUAAUGGUUUGCUGCUGCUUGAGUAAUGGUUGUUGAGUGGUUGUAAUUGUUGCAGAACUAAAGAAUCCUCCUCUUCGCCUUCCCCCAUGGCCAUGAUGAAUCUUCUUCUUCUUCUUCUUCUCGCUGUUCUUCAUCUUUGCCUCCUCUCUGCGGUGGCCGGCGACGAUGCGAUCGUCUCCAGAUUCCAGGAGUAUCUCCGAAUCAACACGGUUCAACCCAACCCGGACUACUACAAAGCCGUUGACUUUAUAAUCUCUCAGGCGAAACCCCUCUCCCUCGAAUCUCAGACGAUCGAACUUGUCAAGGGAAAGCCUCUUCUCCUCCUCAAAUGGCUUGGCUCCGACCCGACCCUCCCUGCCUUUCUCCUAAACUCCCACACCGAUGUCGUUCCCUUCGAGGAGUCCAAGUGGACCCACCACCCUCUCCAAGCUCACGUCGACCAUACCACCGGCAACAUCUACGCCAGGGGUUCCCAGGACAUGAAGUGCGUCGGGAUGCAGUACCUCGAGGCCAUUCGCAAGCUCCAGUCUUCUGGCUUCCACCCACUCCGAUCCGUCUACCUCUCCUUCGUCCCCGAUGAAGAGAUCGGCGGCCACGAUGGCGCUGAGAAGUUCGCCGAAUCCGACUUCUUCAAGACCUUGAACAUCGCGGUCGUGCUCGACGAAGGCCUGCCAUCGCCUAGUGAGAGUUACAGAGUAUUCUAUGGAGAGAGGAGUCCCUGGUGGCUGGUGAUUAAGGCUAAAGGUCCACCUGGCCAUGGUGCCAAGCUCUAUGAUAACUCUGCCAUGGAGAAUCUCCUCAAAAGCAUUGAGAGUAUUCGCAGAUUCAGAGCUUCCCAGUUUGAUCUGCUCAAAGCUGGCGGCACUGCUGAAGGCGAUGUCGUCAACAUUAACAUGGUCUUCCUCAAGGCUGGCACACCUUCUCCAACUGGUUUCGUAAUGAAUCUGCAACCAUCGGAGGCAGAAGCUGGUUUCGACAUUCGUAUCCCACCCAGCGUUGAUGCUGAAGCACUCGAAAGACGUUUGGUGGAGGAAUGGGCUCCAGCAUCACGAAACAUGUCCUUUGAGUUCAAGCAGAAGCUUACGGGGAAGAAGUUCCUCACAGCAGCAGAUGAUUCAAAUCCGUGGUGGGGGCUCUUGGAAAAUGCUGUCAAGGAAGCCGGAGGUAGGACCAGUAAGCCUGAGAUUUUCCCUGCAUCAACGGAUGCUCGCUACUUUCGCAAGGCUGGCGUGCCUGCGUUUGGGUUCUCUCCCAUAUCAAACACUCCCAGUUUGCUUCAUGACCACAAUGAGUAUCUGGGGAAAGCUGAGUACUUGAAGGGCAUUGACGUGUAUGUUUCAAUCAUCAAAGCUUAUGCAUCUUAUGAAAGCCUGCCAUCGCCUAGUGAGAGUUACAGAGUAUUCUAUGGAGAGAGGAGUCCCUGGUGGCUGGUGAUUAAGGCUAAAGGUCCACCUGGCCAUGGUGCCAAGCUCUAUGAUAACUCUGCCAUGGAGAAUCUCCUCAAAAGCAUUGAGAGCAUUCGCAGAUUCAGAGCUUCCCAGUUUGAUCUCCUCAAAGCUGGCGGCACUGCUGAAGGCGAUGUCGUCAACAUUAACAUGGUCUUCCUCAAGGCUGGCACACCUUCUCCAACUGGUUUCGUAAUGAAUCUGCAACCAUCGGAGGCAGAAGCUGGUUUCGACAUUCGUAUCCCACCCAGCGUUGAUGCUGAAGCACUCGAAAGACGUUUGGUGGAGGAAUGGGCUCCAGCAUCACGAAACAUGUCCUUUGAGUUCAAGCAGAAGCUUACGGGGAAGAAGUUCCUCACAGCAGCAGAUGAUUCAAAUCCGUGGUGGGGGCUCUUGGAAAAUGCUGUCAAGGAAGCCGGAGGUAGGACCAGUAAGCCUGAGAUUUUCCCUGCAUCAACGGAUGCUCGCUACUUUCGCAAGGCUGGCGUGCCUGCGUUUGGGUUCUCUCCCAUAUCAAACACUCCCAGUUUGCUUCAUGACCACAAUGAGUAUCUGGGGAAAGCUGAGUACUUGAAGGGCAUUGACGUGUAUGUUUCAAUCAUCAAAGCUUAUGCAUCUUAUGAAAGCAAAAGUGAUUCACGAGAUGAGUUAUGAAGGGUCUGCGUAGCGUACAGCCCAUUUCAAGUCUUCCUGUAGCAAAUGUGUACAAUCAAUAAGAUCAUAUCAUGUGUGUGGUACAUCAGACCAGGCUGUGGUUUGCAAAUUGAUCAUUCUUCUAGUUUUCUAAACUGUAUUGUGAUUGUGUUUCAACCAGUUUUCCACUCAAACACAAGUUUUAUUUUCUCGCUGCUAAA